AUGGCUGCGACUGUGAAAGGGAAAUGGUUUGAUCGAAUCGUCCUAAUCAUCUUUGAAAAUACGAAUUAUACCGAUGCUAUCGCAAAUUCAUACUUAAAGGAAAUAACGACACGACCAAACGGAGUACUCCUGUCGGAUUAUCAUGCCGUGGAGCAUCCUUCUGAACCAAAUUACAUUGCACAAAUUGCCGGUUCAACUUACGGAAUUUUGGAUGAUGAGAAUUACGAUAUCGACGACGAAACGUUAGUAGACCUUCUUGAAAAGAAGGGGGUUUCGUGGAAAGUCGUAAAUGCUAAACGGCUUGAUGAUGAUAUUAAGAAUAAUCAAGUUCCACAACUAGUUUAUUACGUCCCAAAUCAAAAUAAUGACGCCCAUGACACUAAUAUCUCAUACGCGUCGGCAUGGUUUAAAACUUGGCUUGAACCUAAACUCAAAAUGUCUUCGUUUACCCAUAAGACUCUAUUUUUCACCGUGUUUGAUGAAUCAGCAAAUGAUAAUGACACAGUUAAUCAUAUUUAUGCAUCUCUCCUCGGUGAUCCUGUCACUAAACACAAUAAUCACAAUGACACAACACAUUAUACCCAUUACUCAUUUUUGAGGACUGUCGAGGACAAUUGGGACCUUGGAUCAUUGAAUCGAAACGAUUCUUCAGCAACCCCUUUUUCCUUGUAUUUGAAUGAACAGGAUUAA